CCACCACUUCCCCUUUGAGCGAGGCAGCUACUUUUUCUUGGAAAUCCAGCAACCCGCUUGAGCUGGAAUAAUCUAUCAGCCGCCAUUCGCUCCUUUCCCGUCUUGGCAACCACUCAGGCCUAUCCUCGCCCCCAGAGCCGAAAACAAGUAAGAAGAAGAAGGCACAAAUGUUUAUCCAUCCCGGUCCACUGGUGACGCUGUUGGCGCUCAUCUCCCACUCGCAAGCACGAUGUUUGCGGGGAAGUCUGUGGAAGCGCGCUGGUGGUGAGGUCGAGGGGAUUUCCGUCCUCUCCCAUUCUCGUUCCGCUGAGUUCAAACAGGCAGGAUCCAAGAUGGACGGAGAGAUGGGAAGGCUAUUCGAUGCCCCCAAAGGGCCCAAAGAUGAUGGUGUGAUAGAAUCACCCAGAGAGUCAGAAACACCUAAAGAGCAAGAAACACACUGGCACUUGAGGGAGCCAGAAACACACCAAAAGCCAGAAACACACCGAGAGCCAGAAACACACCGAGAGCCAGAAACACACCGAGAGCCAGAAACACACCGAGAGCCAGAAACACACCUAGGUCUCAAAUAUGGCCUGGUACCAAGUAAUUCAAUAAAACAGCCUGACACAAUAUCAAUGAAGGUAUUCCAGACUGUUGCUCCGCGGGUGACAGGCGUAUCCCCCGAAGAAAUCCGUGAUAUAACUAGGCACUAUGCAGCAAAAUACGAAAGUACAGAAUUUGUUGACCGCGCAAAUUUGAUUAGAAUCUUCUAUCUUUGGAUGACAGGAAUACACAAAGAUCUCCCACUUGCCCAAGAGAUGCAAGCAAAAGGAUAUAUGAAGCUCUUAGAAGAGUGGUCGCCACAUCUUGAUUAUAUGCACUUGGAUGAAAUGCUCAAAUAUCAUUAUCCCAAACUCUCGAAAACACAAAAGAAGUACAUCAAAAAGCUUGCAUUGGAGAGAGGUGAAUCGAAUCAAUUCCACCUGUCCACUCGGACUCGCUGGAACCAUGCGGACGUCAAAGAGCUCUAUGAUGCGUGGAAGAACAGCAAAAAGUCACCCACAUUCCAUAUGCUCAAUUUUUGGGAGUGGAUAUCAAAAUUGUUCAAAAGAAAGCACAAGUAA